CCGAAGUGUUGUAAAGCGGGUUGGUUAACGAGAAARGCUCAUUUGAAGAAACCAACCCGCGAAGAGAAGAUGAAGACGCUGAUAGCCUUCUUCGCCUUGUUUGCUGUUACCAAUGCGUGGUGGUCAACGCCUUCUAAGCCACAAUGGUCAAGCCUAUACGUUACGUUUAAGUCUUUCAACAAGCUACCAACAAAGACUUCCGACGCGGUAGCCGRUGGCUGGAAACUUACAAAGRCCUGUGACGCUAGCAACUAUUUCGCUGGGRAUCGUUAUGUUCUGGAAGGAGAUACUGCUGUCAUGUUGCUAUUCGGCGCAAAUGGGCAAGUCGCUGGGAUACAAAUGGGGAUACCGAAGUCYGUCCUCGGCACCAAACAGGGACCCUGGGUACUUGAAGGGGACAUGUAUGUGAUGACCGCCUAUUUUACGGACCCAAGCACCAUAUGCACAAGUACCAAAGAACGAUCAGCAUAUGGGGACCGGCUCCUUAUUUGGGAUGGAGCUACAAAUAAGGCAAUCAGUAUACCAUUUAAGGAGGAAGACUUGKCUGGUUCUAAGUGGGUCAAAGGGAAGUGCUUUGUUGGGAUGGGUCAACACUACUGGUAUGAUAUCUCUCAAGACAUGAACUGUGACGACUUCUACCCUGUCUUCAUCAUGUAUAAUGGCAAAAGACUCAAUGCAUUUGGAUGGAACACAUAUGGUGAUCUGAAGAGUGAUARAUAUGAACAUCCAUCAGCAAGCGUAUUGAAGUUUUUCUUUAAGCCGGAGACCUCACCCAAAUGCCUAGCAACGGCCGGGCCCUUGACAACACAACACAUUUACAUGGAUUGGCCGUACAAUAACAUCUGUGUUAGUGGCGGGAAGAAAUAAAACCGGAAGUGCAUUUUCAUUUCCGGUUUCUUUAAGCGGAUGUAACAUCUAAGAUGAGAAAAAAUGUUGAAAAUAAAAAUCAUAAAACUACAA